GCUGCUUAGUCCAAUCGAGAGGAGGAGAGAAAACAGUGUGGACAGCCUGUGGCUCCGUUGGCCCCUAACGCCAUCUUAACCAGCGAGAGGGCUUUAAACAGGGAGAAAGCGGGGGAGCCGGGACCGGGACCGGAGGAGAGGAUUCGCUACUACCCCCCGUGUUCUUCACCCUCGGGGCCCCUGUAACUGGUCGUGGUUCGCCGCAGUAAAGUCGCGAGAAAACCUGCGAGGAGGCUGGUUAGCCCGCGAGCAGCUAGCUGGCUAGCGCGGGGGAGGGGCGGGGGUGCUGAGGUCUCUUUUUUUUUACCCCCCCGCAGCUGAAGUUGUUUGUUUAUGUUCUUCCAGUCGGACAUGUCCUCUGCUGACCCAGAGUUACCAGACCCAGACCCAGAUCUGGGUAUGGGGGCAAGUGGGACCCAAGCAGGUGGCGGGGCUGUAGUGCCAAAAGGGACCAACAAGAGACCAGCUGCGCCAGACUUCGACGAUGACGACGGAAGCAAGUUGUUCAGGUGCGAUGAUGAAUCAGGUGGCAACGGCAAUGACAAAGAGCGCUUUGCCAGGGAGAACCACAGUGAGAUUGAGAGGCGGAGGCGGAACAAGAUGACCGCCUACAUCACAGAAUUGUCCGACAUGGUGCCCACGUGCAGCGCUCUGGCACGGAAACCAGACAAACUUACCAUCUUACGAAUGGCAGUGUCCCAUAUGAAAUCUCUGAGAGGAAGUGGCAAUACCAAUGCAGAUGGGUCGUACAAACCUUCCUUUCUCACUGACCAGGAACUGAAGCACCUCAUCCUGGAGGCAGCCGAUGGCUUCCUGUUCGUGGUGUCAUGUGAGACAGGCCGCAUUGUUUACGUCUCAGACUCUGUGACACCCGUUCUCAACCAGUCACAGUCUGAAUGGCUCGGCUCUUCCUUGUAUGAUCAGCUCCACCAAGAUGACACAGAAAAGCUCAGGGAGCAACUCUCCACUGCAGAGAAUAACAACACAGGGAGGAUGUUGGACUUAAAGACUGGAACAGUGAAGAAGGAAGGUCAGCCGUCAUCCGCAAGAAUGAGUAUGGGCGCCCGUCGCUCAUUCAUCUGCAGAAUGAGAUGUGGUUCAUGUCCAGUGGAACCAUUGUCCAUGAACAGACUGAAUUUCCUCCGGAAUAGAAACAGAAAUGGUUUGGGUGCAGCCAAGGAAGGGGAGCCCCAGUUUGUAGUGGUCCACUGUACAGGAUACAUCAAGUCUUGGCCCCCUGCAGGAGUAUCACUAACAGAUAAUGAAGCAGACAACACUCAGGGGAGUCGCUACUGUCUUGUUGCCAUUGGGAGAUUACAGGUGACUUGUUGUCCAGGUGACACAGACAUCAACAGUAUCAGUGUUCCAGUUGAGUUCAUCUCGCGCCAUAAUUGCCAGGGCAUCUUCACCUUUGUAGACCACCGCUGCAUGGCCACUGUCGGCUACCAGCCGCAGGAUUUGCUUGGUAAGCAUAUUUUGGAGUUUUCCCACCCUGAAGACCAGGGCUUACUGAGAGACAGCUUUCAACAGGUGUUAAAGCUGAAGGGUCAGGUUUUGUCAGUGAUGUUUCGGUUCCGCUCAAAAUCAAGAGAAUGGAUCUGGAUGAGAACGAGCUCCUUCACCUUCCAGAACCCCUUCUCAGAGGAGAUUGAGUAUAUCAUCUGUACCAAUGUCAACGUCAAUAGAAACUCGACUCAGGACCCCCUCACCCCAAUCUCCUCCCCAGGGGGCAUGCUGCCCCCUUCCCUGGGUCAGAGCAGCCCAAGCUGCCUUCCUGUUGUGCUCAGCCCGGGGCAGGUGGCCAUCAGGCAGUUCCAACAGCAGCAGCAGGCCGAGCUGGAGGGAGGCGGAGCCAGAGACGGGCUGUAUGAAGCGGGGCCGAUUGCCCUCUCACAGAUGCCAGUCCAGCCAGUACAGCCUGUCCCAGCUGCAGGUCCAGACCCAGGUAGGACCCUCGAGAAGCCAGAGCUCUACCCCUCCCUUUUCCAAGGCCCAGAUCAGACAAAGGGCAUGUCCUCCACCUCCACUCCCUCCGCACAGGUUUACCCUCAGGUCAACAACUUCAAUGCAGGACGGCCCAAUGAUGCUUACAGGCAAGUCAACAUGACUCCACAGAUGACACAGCCAGCUCACUCAGCAGGACAGAUGCUGGCUCAGAUGUCCCGUCAGAAUGGAGCCCCGCAGUCGGUUACCCCGUCCAGCACUGGAAGUCCCCUCCUUGGAGGACCAGUUGUAGGAUGGCCUGGAGCUGGACCCGGAGCUAGACCACAAUUUAAUAGCCAGGUGGCUCCCCAGGCAGCAAAGACCAUGUCUCCUCCGUUUGCUCCCAUGGGAGGAUUUGGAGGCGGCUCUUCAAACUCUUUUGGCCAGAUGCCUGCAGGUGCUGCUCCCACCCCCACAAGCGGGGCAGACUACCCACAAAUUAAUGCUCGUGCCAGCCUCAACACCAAUGGCUAUGACGGCUCUCAGUCGGGGGCACAGUUUCCUUCCAGAGCAGCGGAGGCAGUGUGGCCUCAGUGGCAAGGCCAGCAACAUUCGCAGAGUAACGUAGAGCAGCAUCCUCAUGCUCAGGGCAACCAGCAAGACAUGUUUCCUGAUGUGUUGUCCAUGCUGGACCAGCCUGCCAACUUCAACAGCGAUGACUUUGAGAUUCCAAUCUACCCUUCGUUUAAUGAGUGACUUGGUCGAUACAGUUCACACCUUUGUCCUAACAGUUCUUGCCCUUACACUCACUUUCGCUCUUCUCUACCUGUUUUCUUCCUGCUGCUGAGAGUAGCACUCUUCCCUUGCUUUGCAUGGCUUAAACUGUCCUGCCACGAGCCAGUUGAAUAUGAUGGGAUUUACCUGACUGUAGAUACAUGGGAGAGGACAAUCAAGGAUUUGCUACUGAUGAAAAGAAUAUUAUUGUAACAAUAAGACAGCCAUUCUAAGAGACAUCUCUAGCUAGCACUGCCCAAAGCUCAACAACCUAUAUUGUAGAUAUGUGAGAUAUAUAUAUAUAUAAAUAAAUACAUAUAUAAAAGCGCACAAUCACAAAUGCAUUUGAGUAGACUGCACAAUAACACACUCACAUUCUGGUAAACACAAAGAAAAAGCCUUGUAUUGUAAUAUAUUCCUGGUUUUCUCAGGCGUUGAUGAAGAGUGUAUUUUGCUGUGUUACCCUUUAGCACGUAGAUAAAUCACCCCAAUCGUUGAUUUAAACUCAGGAAAUUGCAGGGAUGUACAGCUUUGGUGAUUUAAAAGAAAAGAAUCUCAGCUGUCGCACGCAAACCACCACUGUCACUCGCAGUUUGAAAUCCACAGCAUAUCUCUGCAUGUCAGCACUGCUUUCAUGGAGCGCUUCUACAAGGUGUAGGUUUAUACGGAGUACAGUUUUCUAUGUACUUGGUGGCUUCACCUAUAACUUUUAAUUAUUUCAUUUUUCCUCUUAAGGAACAUUUAAGUUUUUUUAUUUUUCUUCAUUGAAUGAUGUACUUUAAUAACACAGACACAAGGUGUUACAGUGGUUGUAUACUGUUGGUCUAGGUGCCCGGUGGAAAUGUAUAAUCUAUUUUUCUUUGCCUACAUUUAUAUAUAUAUAUAUACAUAUAUAUACACUAUGCAUGUGUGUGUGUGUAUGUUUAAUGGAUGCGUACAGUAUCAUUAUCAAGUUUUAAUACAGUCAUAGGGUUUUCUGAAUUGCUUGACGUCUUUCUGUCAUCCUGCAUUAACCUGUACCGAGUAUGGGAUUUUGUACUUCUUUUGUAAAUCAUAAAAAAAGAAAGAAAUCACUGAGCAAUAAUUAACAAGCAGGAAGGAUGUACUUUUAAGCCAUUCUCUAUUGUUCUUAUAAAUGUUUUCCUACAUGUUAUUUUGAGAGAUGUGGUAGUCAUGUUUUAAUUUCCCUGUACAUUUUCCGUAGUACUUUGUUAUUUCAAAACUUUGAAUGAUAACUUGAAUUGUCCAUUACCAUCUUCUGAUUGGUAUCUAAUUAAAGGUUUGAUCAGGGUAUUCAGGAUUGAUAUGGAAUAAACGGAGAAGAUCUAAAAGUGAAAAUGUCCAAAAAGUGUUGAGUGUUUUGUCCUCAUGUUUGUCACUAACAUUUGGACGAGGACUGAAUCUUUGCCAACGAGAUCCGACCAGCUGUGUUAUACAAUCAAUUUUUGGUAACUGUAUUUUAGAAGAAUGUUGUGUGAUGAAAGAUGACUCAUUGAAACAUAUUUAAGUUUUAAUUUGUGAUAUUAGUUUAAAUUGGACCCUUUUUAUUACAGUUUUCUAUAGUUUGUGUGUAACACUUGCACACUUAAUGACAAAUCAUGUAACUGUAUGUAAACCCAUGUCCAUUAUUGUCCAGUUUUUAAUCUUCAAAAAUAUGUCGGUGACUGUGUCGUCUUUGUUGUUAAAAAUACUUUUUGGUCGCUCUGUAUCUGGGUUUCUUUUUUUUUUCUUUCAAAUAUGUGAACUUUUAUCACUCAUUAAACACAAAUAUAAAUAUACUGUAUAUGAAAUGUUAAAUGAGAGAAUGUUUGGUUUUUGUAAUAAAUUGCUAUAUUGUCAGAAA